CAACUUUGUCCAAGACAGAAGGAUAAGAAAUGCAAGCCCAGUCCACCAGAGAGCUCACUCGAAGCAGUCCAAUCCAAAUGUUUCUCCUUGAUGUUUUGUAUGACCCUGUUUCGAACGUCCUCCUUCAGGCGGUGACCAACGUCCUAGCCGGCGCUGGGAUCAGGUCAAUGAGCGUGGUCCACACGGCGGACGUCGAGGGCGAGGUCCUCAUGCAGCACUUCAUCACGGCCGCCGAGGAUGGCUACCGCUGCCUGGAGAAGGUGCUGAAGGCGGAGGACCCCGCCGACCUGGUCAAGCCCUUGCGCAAGGGUCCGGGCACUGUGGUCCUGCUGGGCACGCGGCACAAAGUGCAGAAGCUGGCGCGUUUUCUGGGUGCGGAGGGCGGGCCGGCCGAGAUCCUGGUGCUGCAGGACACGGGCGGGCCGGUACCGGUGGCCGAGCUGGAGGGCGUGACCACGCCCACCAUCCUCCUGCAGCGCAUCGCCGAGGUGCUCCCCGACUUUUCGGAGCACCUGCAGCGGGACCUGUCCUCUGAGGACGGGCCGCGGCGCCAGUACGUGGCCGCCUUGUCUGAGUGCUCCUCGUGCGACGCCCUAGACUUCGCCUACGACGCCGCCGCGCCCGCCGCUGCCGUUGCCGUCCUCACCUUCGCCCAGGCGCUCCGGGAAGCUCAAGCCGCGCACUGCGGACCCGGGGAAGGGCUGUGCGAGGGCGUGCGCCUUCUGGAGUACCAGGAGUGGAAGGAUUUACUGUCCCAGGCGUCGCCUUCCGACCUAGCCUCCGAGGCCUUCCCCGGGCUGGACACCGAAGGCCUCAGCCCGGGCGCCGAGGACAUCCCCAGAUACGCUGUGAAGCUCCUCUCGCCCGGGAACGCCACCAAUCUGACGCAGGUGGGCCACGCCGACGAGAUCUCGGCCGUCCUGGGCCAGCUGGAGUUGAAGGCCCCUCGGUGCGGGAAGACGUGCCCUUGCAUCCGGCCCAAGUCCACGCCGAGGCCACGUCCUCCGCCGGGGAAUCUGGAGAUCAAGCCGACGCCGCCGAGAGACGGCGGUGGCCUCGACAUCCUCGGUGGAGCGGGUUGGUGGAGUCACGUGUCAUGGUGGCCGGGUGACAUGCCCGACCCCGCCCACCUGUCACAGUCUGAAGUCACCGCUUAUGUCACGGCUUUCUUCCUUCUCGUGGUCCUCUUCAUGAGCUCUACGUUGGCGUGUAUUUACAACCUCCAAAAAUCCCCGAGUAGAAGUUAAGUUACGGAUACGUGCUUGCAUUCCGUGCAAGCGCAUUCAAGCUGCUUUGAAUACGAAUGCUUCCUAUUGCUGUUUAAUCAUCUGUAACGUUGAGGGAAAGAAGACCUUUAGAAAAUAAGUCGAAAGAGGAGAGGAGAAACCAGGCAGAGAGAAGAAAGGAGGAAAGGAAGAAUAGAUAGAUUUCUAUGAGGCCUUCGCGGUGGCAAACUGGAAAAAACGGGUCUGCAGACGCGGUAGUUUCCUUCCCUGUUUUUUGCCUGCGACUGCAUCCGCGAACAGAUCGUGUACUCUUGUCCAAAAGAUAGUCAGGACAUGAAGACCAAGUUUCAAAUACUUCAUUUUGUAUCCGAACAAAUAACAGCUGAUCAACGGCUCUGGGAAGCGUGAUGGAAAAUAAUCUGUCAAUGUUAUAUUUUACAAUAUUUGUAACCGUAGACAGUGAAAGUAACACUGCCUGUCUUUAAACUAAAUGUUACCAUUAUGCUUUCUGGUGAAUGUUAUAGUCCUGUGGUUAUUUGAAUCUUUAAAAACUUUAAUGAGGAAUGUGAUAUACAAAUUCUAAAUACUGUUUUUUCCUCUUGUUAAAAUGUUUUAAUUGCUGCUAUGUACCUGUUUGUGUUUGUAAUUAACAAACAAAUUGUUAAAAUUAUUUUCCAUAGCUAGUAUGUUGAAGAAUUAUAAAAAUAUGGGAUGUACACAUACAUAUGGCAUAAUAAAAUAAAAACGAUUUUCCAUUAUUUCACUUUAUUUACAUCAUCUUCACUACAACUCUGUGAGGUAGACAAAUAUAUAAAUGUAUAAAUAUUACAACAGCUUCUAUCUGCGCCAAAUGACCGGCAUGAAGAUUUACCAGACUACAGAUAUUUCCUGCCUUAAUUAACUGGUGUUAUUUCACCUCCCACUUUUGGGUCUUUUCACUUGUUUGCCUCUUCUAUUUUCGCAAAUUAUAUCAGCAAUAAUAAUAUAUAAUAUAUAUAUAAAUUAAAAACAUUAAUUACACCAUAAAAGCAUUUCGCUAAAAUGAUUGAAACAGGUGUAUUUUUCCUCGACACUCUAAUCAAGACACCUAAUUGAACUCUAUUGCAUUUACUUGCAUCUGCGUUUUUGAUUUGCUUAUUCCACCUACUGGCAAGGAUGCAUAGAACCAUUAACGAUGGCGGUAAUGCAGCUUUCGAAACCCUUAGGAACCCUUAGGAGCUAAAGCCAGGAAAGGAAAUGGGUUGAGAGUGAUGCUCAUAUUCAGAGACACUUCGGAUACCUUUUCCGGUGGGAGUCUGCCAUCACCACAGCUCUGAUUGGCUGCAAUUGGCUGACGGGCGUCAGUGGCAAGCCGGCUCUCCAUUUAACAGUCCCACAUGUCUCUAAAUAUAAGCGUGAGGCCCAAGAGGAAAAGUAGGCCUACCAAAUGAGUGAGGUUGGUGAGGGGUAAAGACCCUACGAGAUGAGAGUCUAAGGAGAUGAAUGGGAUGCUGAGGAG